UGACCGAACGUGCGCGAGUACUAACUCUUUUGUUACCAAGUCCAAAUCGUACAAUAAGGGAGAUUUGUGAUCCAAAUGUCUCGCAAUGUUGAUGGACAUGUGAUUCAUUGAUUGGUUUAAUCAUAGAAACACAUAAACCGCUGAAUUGUGUCAUAAUGACCAAACGUGCACGAGUACGAACACUUAGUACCGAGUCUAAAUCGUAAAAAAAAAAGGGGAUUUGUGCUCCAAAUGUCUCGCAAUGUUGAUGGACAUUUGAUUUAUUGAUUGGUUUAGUCAUAAAACACAAACCGCUUAAUUGUGUCAUAAAGACAAAACGUGCUCGAGUACGAACUCUUAGUACCGAGUCCAAAUCGUCCAAUAAGGGAAAUUUGUGCUCCAAAUGUCGGCAGUAGCUGCAACGGAUCCUGUCCCUCGAGAGGGAUGGUGCGUGCGGGCUAGGGUUUGUCCAACCCAAUUCUGCUCUUGCCCUGUUGCAUACAGCGACGGCUCAGGAGAUUGCAACAAUGCGCGGGAAGGCCAAGAUGUCCGGCUACGACUCGGUGAGCAUGAAAUUGACCUUUGGGCCCCUGGCCCAGAAGCUGCUAGGGAAGACUUGGUCUGUCGUGGGGUGGGCCGAAUGAGACGCGGGCCAACUAGGCCAAGAGCAUAGAGGAGUUGAGCCUGGCCAACCAGAGCAAGGAAUGGGCCAUAUACGACCCAAGAAGUGGGCCACUAGGCCAAGAUUUCCACCCCAACCGGCUGGGUCUAGGUGGAGAGGGGGCGAACCAAAGCAGACGAGUCGAAAUUGGUCAGACCGUUUCGAUUCGAACCGAACUUAUCCAACCCUAGUUGGAUCGAUUCGAACCGAAGGGAAAACCAGUUGAACACAAACCGGUGGGCAACGUCUAGCGGGGGUUAUUCAGGCUCUUUUGGCCACUGGAAACGCUUGGGGGGAGCUUCAGAGGCAGUGUACCCCCCACCUACGAUAUCGAAGGCCGACCGACAUUGCCUUAACGGACGUUGGGAGACUGGACAAGGAUAUGGAGUUGGCAAUGGAGGCUAAAGUUUUGAAGAGGAUGGUUUGGGCUUCGACAAUCAACUCGGGAGGAGGCCUGACCAAGGCUAUGAAAGAGAGUGCAUGUAAGACACAAGGCUCGUGCACACACAAAGUGGAACAAAAUGACGAUCUGGCUUGAUCGUCCGUCAAUCUAUCUAGUUGGUCAGAUUAACUGGACGACAUAUCAACAAACUCGAUUAAUGAUAUGAAUACAAGUUUAUGUAAAAG